CUCAGUGUGGUUCAGAGCUGUGCCUCUCUGUGUCUGACAUGUCCGGAUCUGACAGUCCAAACAGCAGCAGUGUGCCUCCGGUCCUGGACUAUGAAUGGAGAUAUGAAUACUAUGACGAUGAGGAGCCGGUGUCUUUUGAAGGACUGAGGGCACACCGCUACUCUAUAGUGAUCGGCUUCUGGGUCGGCCUGGCUGUCUUUGUCAUCUUUAUGUUCUUUCUGCUCACUCUUCUGACCAAGACUGGAGCUCCACAUCCUGAUGGACAGCCAUGUGAGAAACGUCCUCGUCUGAUUGGCUACAUGGACACCAACCUGGACAAAGGAGCCCCUCCCUCUCAUCCUUGUGGUCUGGACUCGUCUCGUUCUCUCUUCCAGUGCUAUGUGUCCAAGGAGGUUCAGGGGAGCUGCACGGCCCUGUGGACCACACCUGGGGCUGUAGGUGGAGGAACAUCAGGAGGCCACAUGAGGAUGGAGAAUGAACCCAUCCUGCUGGCUCACUUCAACAUCCCUAACUUUGUGAACUCAGAGCAGAGUUUGACAGUAGGAGAGGACGACCUGCUGCUAGGAGACCCGCCCGUGUCAUUGAAGGAAAUUGAGUAG